AUAGCAGUCAAUUGUUACGCCGUAGCAUGUUAGCCGGAAAUAUGACGUGUAGUACAGCAGACAACAAAAAGUAACAUGGAAUAUUUUAAGAGUGGGUUGAAGUCGGUCCUUGGAACACCACAAGAAGGGUCGCAGCCCACAGGAGCUGAAACAGUUGAGAGGCUGGUAGAUCGUGUGCAGUCUUCAACUUUGCUGGAUGACCGGAGAGAUGCAUGCCGAGCACUCAAAGCCUUGUCGCGAAAGUUUCGCAUUGAAGUUGGAGCGCAGGGAAUGGGUGCUCUAUGUCAAGUGUUGGAAAUGGAUCGGAGGGACUGUGAAAUUGUGGGGUAUGCACUAGACACACUCUGCAACAUUACAGCCCCAGAGAGCUUCGAAGAUGAAGAACACACAAGCCUUUCCCUCUCUUCUGUGGGCAACAUAGGAGAACAGUUCACAGAGAUAUUCAUCAAACAGCCUGAUAAUGUGGGCUUGGUAUUGGGUUUUUUAGAAGAGUAUGACUUUCAUGUCCGGUGGCCUGCAGUCAAAUUAUUAACAUCAUUACUUGAUAACAGACCAAAAGAAAUACAAGAAAUAAUCCUUGCGAGUCCAAUGGGAGUGUCAAAACUCAUGGAGCUUCUGGGGGACAGCCGGGAAGUGAUCAGAAAUGAUGCACUGCUGCUGUUGGUACAGCUUACAAAAGGCAACGCCAACAUUCAGAAGAUUGUGGCUUUCCAGAGCGCAUUUGAUCGCCUCUUCGAUGUGAUCUCAGAGGAGGGCUAUUCAGAUGGAGGCAUUGUUGUGGAGGACUGUUUGCUGCUUAUGCUGAAUCUGCUGAGAAAUAACAAUUCAAACCAAAAUUUCUUUAAAGAAGGAAGUUACAUUCAGCGAUUAGCACCUAUGUUCAACUUACCCCCUGAAAGUGAUGACACUGGUUGGUCAGCGCAGAAAGUCAGCAACAUCCUCUGCAUGUUGCAAGUAGUCAGGACGCUGGUACCUCCUGGGAAUCCUGCUCAACUGACAAUGUCCUCACAAAAGACGAUGAAGGCUUGUGGGUUGCUAGAGACCCUCUGCAACAUUCUGAUGGCCAGCGGUGUGCCAGCAGAUGUCCUUACUGAAACCAUCAACACUGUUGCAGAGGUGAUCCGGGGAAACCAAGGAAACCAGGAAUAUUUUGCCAAUGUAAUGGCUCCAUCAAAUCCUCCCAGACCUGCUGUUGUGGUCCUUUUGAUGUCAAUGGUGAAUGAGAAGCAGCCAUUCGGUUUGCGUUGUUCGGUGCUCUACUGUUUCCAGUGUUUCCUCUUCAAGAAUGAAAUUGGACAAUCUCAGCUUGUGCAGACCCUGCUGCCUUCUAGCACAGAAGUGGUAAGCUUGACAACAGGUCAGCUGCUGUGUGGUGGGCUGUUCAGUGGUGAAGCGCUUUCCAACUGGUUCUCUGCAGUAGCCCUGUCAUAUGCCCUGGUGGAGAACCCAGCACAGAAAGAGCAGUUGUUGCGAGUACUCCUGGCAACCAGCAUUGGCAACCAGCCCAUCUCCCUCAUGCACCAGUGCACCAUGUUGCUGCUACAACAGGGCAACAAGGUGCAGUCAAAGCUCGGGCUUCUAAUGUUGCUGAGCACAUGGCUGGCACACUGUCCCCUGGCAGUGAAGCAGUUUCUCAGUAUUCCAACCAGUAUUCCAUACCUCACUGCACAGGCAGGCUCAAAUGAACACGAUGAUAAUGAGAAGCUGGUGCAAGGGAUGUGUGCUUUCCUCAUGGGAAUUUGUGUCACCUUUAAUGACGAUACAGUUACCACUUUUUCCAAAGAGAAGUUGCGACAGCUAGUGGAGAAGCGAUUGGGCCUCGAAACUUUCCUGGACAAAAUCAGUGAAGUCUCAAAGCAUGAGCUGUACAGCAAGGCUGCCAAGCAUCCACAGUUCCAGGCCAAACAGUCCAGUGAACUGCUGCUAGACCAUGAAUUCUGCUGCCUCUUCAAAGCCCUCGAAGGAAUGGUCAUCAAAGCUGUCACUCCUAAGCCACAAGGUGAUCUGGUGAAUGGAUCUUCAGAACUGUCAAUGUCACCAUCAGAGAACAGUCUUUUGCUCCAGUAUAAGGACCUGAUCCGAGAGCAGGAUCGCAAACUUCAGGAGCUGACGCAGAUAAUCGACAGGCUCACAGCUGAGAAGUCCACAUUACAGGCACAGGUUGAUGAUCUGACAUCAACCAUAUCUCAGCUGCGAGAUGAGAACAUGGUGCUCCGUGCACAGACAAACACAGGUUUGGGACAGACCACAGAUGGUAGCACAUUAGGGCACAAGUCAUGGGCCAAGUCCCACCAAUUGAAGACAGACAGUGAAUGUAAGGACAGCCUUACCUGCAAGCUGGAGGAGCAGGUGACCUCAGGGACAAUGUCUGACCUGGAGGCUCGGUUGCGGUCAACAACCAUGGAUGGGACAGUUUCCACAAGUGAUACAGAGAAAGAGCUACGUGAAACACAACAGCGACUGGCAGCAGCAGAGGAGAAGUUGGCAGAAUUGGAGUCUGCGGACUCUGAGUUGCAGAAAUUGCGAAAGGACCAAGAAGAUUUACUGGAGCUACUCACAGAUCAGGACACAAGACUGAACCAAUUAAAGGCUCAGCUGCGAGCCCUCGGCGAGAAGGUGGACGACGACGAUGAGGACUUGGAGGAAGAAGGAGAAGGCUAUGAGGAUGAGGACUCUGCAUGAAACAGCUGAAUGCAGGUGGAGACUUGAAGGUAACACUUCUCCUGAAAGAGUGAAAAUUUAUUCUACAUGGAACAAAUUACGGUGGCUGGAAUUUCAGGGCAUAAGACUUGCUGCCUAUUUCCAUACUUUUUUUAAAUUGGAUUUGGUUAGAAUUCAACAAAGGAUAUGGAAAGUUUGUGGUGCUGCACAAACAUUACAUUCAUCUGAGACAGUGGUCUUGUGGGUUGUGAUACCAUGUAGUCCUGUAGGCAGAUGUUGACAUUUCACAGCAACAUGUGCCUUCAUCUUCAGGGUGAAAGUGUGUAGGGUUAGGAAUUUGCUUGUUUAUAUAGGUGUACUCAUAUUGCAAGGAAGGUAGCCAGUAAAAGAGGCUUUGCAGCCUACACACUUCCACCCUGAUGAUGGAAACAACAGUUCCUCUGAAACAUCAACAUCUCUGUACAACCCAGGAGACUACCUUCUCAACAGUCACCACCAUGAAAGCCUCUGCAAAGAAUUCCCUUCCUGAUACGUGCUAUGAUUUAUUUACAUGUUCUAAUUUAUAGCAUGUCCGAGCAGUUAAUGUGUAAGGUCUUCUGUCUUUCCAUCCGUCUAACUUUCUUAAAAGUUACCACUGUCAUAAAUGAUUCUGGCAUGUGGAUUCAAUUUUACCAGCCACUAGUAAAAAACAUGUCUAAUAUACAUUCCUUUAUAAAAUUUUGCAACAGUUGAGACUGGUGUUGAUUGUCAGUUAUUCAAAAUUCAUGACACACUCUGUACACCGUGUAGUGCACAGUGCAAACUGGUUUAGUUUUAUUUCUGAUGCAGGGGGGUUUUGCAAAUCAUUUACCUUCAUGAACAGUAGGUACUAACAAGUCAAUAAUUCCACUAGUGCACAGGUGAGAAACAGGCAGUAGUGACCAGUUGACAUUUGUCAAAGUGAAUAGUGUUAGUAUAUUUACUGUUACUUCUGUGUUAACUCCCAGAACUCAGCAAUGUCCUGAUAUAUUUCUUAUUAAGAGACUUUUUUGCUGUUCAAGUUGCAGAAGGUAGGCUUUGUUCAUGCAGUGUGAGAGGUGGUUUUGUGUCCUGCCUCAGAAAAUGCUCUGAGAUGUGUAUUUUACUGAACUAGAAAAUGUAGAAGCAUAAAUAAUUCCGAGUCUUGUAGGUCUUGUCAGGUUCUUGGCUGGUUGAGCUUCAGUUUUAGACAGAACUGUCCGCAAGUCAGAUGUGUUUGUGAAUCACAGUAACCAUUCUCGUAUUUCAGUUGACAUCAUCUAGGUGUGAGAUUACAUUGCUUGAUCACUUUAUGUUGCAACCUCCAAAUGACUUUCAGAGCUUGAAAAAAAAAUAAAAAUCUGUAUUCAGACUAAUGUCACAGACAACUUAAGUUUUUCUGUAUUCUAGAAAUGAAAGUGAAUUUAAAGUAUUUCAUAAAUUUGUUGCUACUUAACAUGGAGAGACAAAAAUGUGAAUGUAUCAACUUUUCUUAUGCAUUAAUGUUUCUCAUACAUUAUUAUUGUGUAUGCUCUUCCAUAGUAGAACAAGAGGCCAUUGUACUCACUCAUUGCAAGUGCACACAAAUCUUAUUAAAUAUGUCCAUGAGAAUGGUAAUAAACUUAUGAAACACCCUGUAAAUCACAAUGUAGAGGUCUGAUGUAUGAAUCUCUCUCAAACUCAGCAAAUUAGAAACUGCAAAUUUGUGUAUGGUACUGUGUUUAAAGGUUUUGAAUGAAUCCAUAA